UACGGUACUAGUACUUAAGGCCACGUUGGCGGCACGUGGAGCCUUCAGAUCGCGACCCGCCGCCCACGUUUUAGGAACUGUUGCCCUGAACAUCCGCGGCGGCGAGCCGUCGUCAUAUCAUUAACCUCGCCUGGGGUAACUGGCAUAGUGCAUUCCGUGCUGUGCAUACCACGGCACCUUCGACUCAAAUUGCUCGAGCGAUCGUUUGAUCUCAUAACGAUCCCUUGUUCUUCCGUCCCUGUUUGCGCCUGGGCCGGUUCGCCGCGCUCGCCGUCGUAAAUCACCUUGAUGCUCCCCGCCCCCGCCCGCUUGAACUCCCGUCCAGUCAACCGGGAUUUCUAGCAUAUCCAGACUUCUUUCGAGCAGUGAGCCCCUCCGGGCAACACAUAACCAAAAAUGUCGACUCAAUUUGCUGCCAAAAGGCUGAGCAAAGAACUCUCCAAGAUCAACAGCUCACUGCCGCCCGGCAUUGAGCUGGUUUCAGCAGACAACUUCGAGGAAUGGCUGUUAGACAUAAGAGUCCUGGACAACAACCCCCUGUAUCAAAAUCAAACAUACAGGUUGAAAUUCCGUUUUGGCUCGUCAUACCCCAUUGAGCCUCCCGAGGUGGUUUUUGUGAAGCUUCCCGACCGGCCCAUUCCCAUGCACCCUCACAUCUACUCGAACGGCAUCAUUUGUCUCGACCUCCUAGGCCAGCAGGGGUGGAGUCCGGUGCAGAACGUGGAGAGCGUCUGCAUGAGCUUGCAGAGCAUGCUGACGGGGAACUCGAAGAACGAGCGCCCGCCAGGAGACGAUGAAUUUGUCCGCGGAAACCGUCUGCGGCCCAAGGAUAUCGAGUUCUAUUACCACGAUAACGAUGUGUGACGCGGCAUCGGAACUUCGAAAGUUCAUUCAACUGGGGUUUGGUGUUAUCAAUGGUGAAGCUUGAUUUUUAUCUUUCGGGGUCUGGGCACCCCCGUUUCCUAUGGAUGGGAGGUUUCUGGACUGUCUUGAGUUUGAUUGCAUGGCGGAGCGAAGAUCUGGCCUGUUGGAUGCAUUUUCAUCGAGCAUAACUUGCAAGGCACUGAGAACAGGGAUGGAGGCGUGAGACGAGCUGUGAUGAACAGUGGACCGCGGGUUGGAAUAGAGAGGUUGGUGCCGUCGAUAUUUUCAAGCCGCGAUCCGGCAGUCCGUAUCCAACCGCAACAAAAAUGACUGGCUGGUGAUUGCAUCCAAAGAAAGAUUUCGUUAGUUACGGAUAUGUUGAUUAUAAUGUUUACGUCAGGCCAGCCCCGGAGGUGGUCGGUGGACGGUGGAG